UGAAUAAAGAUUUACCAAAGAGAGUUCAUUCUCUUGAAGAAGAAUCCAGUUCUGAGUCAGAGAAAAACAAUAUAACAGCAAAUAUUUCAAACUCACAGCCUUUAAUAAAUAAAAAAAAAAAAACCAAACCAUUUGGUGAAGUGCAGAACUAUUUUAAAAGAGGAGUACAAAAAAGUAAUGGAUAUUAUGAAGCUACAUGUGAUUAUUGUGAUGAUCACUAG